AAAGAAUAAAGCCAUCAAGAAGGGUAGAGAAAGCCAAACUCACCUGCUGUUCCUCCUCCUCCCCCCUCUCCUUCCUUUGAUCCUUGCAUUCUGCUUCUUUCAAAACCCUAAAAUUCUCUCAGAAUAAAUAUAUUUUUUUUUAUUUUUUUUAACUUUAUUCACAGACAUAUCAAUUUUUUCCUUUUUCCUUUGCGUUGCAGUCCUUUCCAUUCCAUUCUCAGCCUAACCUUCCAUAUGGGUAUUCAUUUCUAGACAGCAUUCUUCCUCCAGCUCUUCAUUUCUGUCAAAAACCCCACACUUUCUUCCUCAGAAAAUAAGGGUAUAACUAAAGGGGCUACCUUUGAUUUAAAUUUCUUUGUUUGAUCAAUUUUUUUGGGUGUAAUUUUGUGGGGUUGGGUUUUGAUUCUAUGGCUGCUGUGACUGAGAAGAGCGCUGAAGCUGCAGCCCCCAACAACAACACCAACAACACCAACAACAACACCAACCACACUGUCAGCAGUGCAGACAAUAAGGAUAACAUCGACAGCAAUGUCAACAACAAGACUUUGGAGCCGAAAUCGGAAUCUAAGGAAUUCAAUGUGCAGAAGCUUGUUGAUAUGUUCACAAAGUUGAAUCCUUUAGCCAAGGAGUUUUUCCCCUCAUCUUACCAUGAUCAGACCAAGAAAACCCAAUUUUCAGUCAACACUUUUGAGGCGGUGAAGCAAUCUGGAAAUGAGAAUGCUAAUUUCAAUGCUAACCGGAGGAGAAGGAAUAAUUAUUACCAGGGAAGGAGGAGACUGAGUGGUAGAGCAUUCAGAGCUCAAAGAGAAGAUAGUAUUAGGCGAACAGUUUAUGUUUCUGAUAUUGAUCAAACUAUUACUGAAGAGCAGCUUGCUGGUUUAUUUAGUAGCUGUGGAGAGGUUGUUGAUUGCCGUGUUUGUGGUGAUCCACAUUCAGUUCUUCGCUUUGCAUUUGUGGAAUUUGCAAAUGAGGAAGGUGCAAGGGCUGCUUUAAACCUUGGUGGGACUAUGUUAGGAUUCUAUCCUGUUAGGGUCUUGCCUUCAAAAACUGCCAUACUUCCUGUGAAUCCUACAUUUCUCCCUAGGUCAGAGGAUGAAAGGGAAAUGUGUACUAGGACUGUGUAUUGUACAAAUAUUGACAAGAAGGUUUCUCAAGCUGAAGUGAGGAAUUUUUUUGAAUCAUCAUGUGGUGAGGUUACUCGCUUGAGGCUUUUGGGCGAUCAAGUGCAUUCUACUCGUAUUGCUUUUGUUGAAUUUGCAAUGGCUGAAAGUGCCAUUGUUGCACUAAAUUGUAGCGGAAUGGUGUUAGGAACCCAACCAAUAAGGGUAAGCCCUUCAAAGACACCUGUGAGGCCACGAGUUACUCGCCCUACCUUGAACUAACUGGUUGGAGUCCUUAAAGGUCCCUGCAUGGGAAUGGAUGACUUCCCAGUUGAGAGAAACAUUGUUGUGUUGAAGGGAUGGUAAAAACUUGAUUUCAUUGUUUCCAUCUUUUCUGUCGCAACAUCAACUUUUUGUUUUUUUUUUUUUUUUUUUUUUUUUUUCUCAUGACUGGAAAUAUCUUGCCUUACUCUAGAUUGGAUUACAGUCUGAUCUUGAGAAUUUUCUCCUUUAUCUAUCCUUAUGUUUUGAUAAUAUCAUGACUUUUUAUGCUUUAGUUUUGCUUCUGAUUAUGUGUUGAUGUUUGUGUUGGGGAUGCUAAAUAUUUUAGAAACAGUAAUGGCUACAAUGUUUUUUGGGACAAUAAUGGAUACAAUAUGAC